AUGGGUUUCCCAAUCUCUGACGUGCUCACCGACGAGAGCAUCGUGUGCGAGUUCACGUGCAAGAUAUGCUGCAACCUCGUGGAGUACGGCCACGCAGUGCACACGCACUGCUCGCACGUCUUCUGCGAGAGCUGCCUCGCCGAUUGGGUCGCGCGGAGCUCCGACCCCGAGGUGCUGGCGGAGGCUGCGAUGAACGGCGAACCCGCGCGCGGACCGCGGUGCCCGACGUGCAACGCCGGGCUCGCGGGCGAGGGCAAGGUGGCGCCGCUGCAGACGCAGCCGCUCGCGUGGAGGCUCCUCGGCCGCGUCCAGGUGCGGUGUCCGCUGCACGACAGCACGUCGUGCGGGUGGCGCGGCGACCUCUCCGAGGUUUCCGCGCACCUCACAAACUCCGAGUCGCACCUCAAGGGCCAGGACUACGCCCCGAGCAACGCCACGCAGAACGCGGAGGCGCUCAAGAACCAGGGCAACGCCAAGUUCCAGUCCCACGCGUACAGGGAAGCCAUCCAGCUCUACUCCAAAGCAAUCUCCGCCGCGCCCGGCGUGGCGUCUUACUACGGUAACAGAGCCGCCGCGUGGCUCAUGGUGGGCGCCGCCGAGAAGUGCGCAGAGGACUGCAGGCGAUCCAUCCAGCUGGACAGCGGAUACGUCAAGGGGUACGUCCGCCUCGCCAAGGCGCUCGUCGAGCUCUCCGACAUCGACGGAGCCGAGGAAUCGCUUCGUAACGCGUCCACGCGAUGCCCGGGGAAGAAAGAGAUCGAAGAAGAACUCGCGAGGGUCAGGCUCCUCAGCGCGCACCUCGCCGAGGGCGAACGCGCGUUGGACGCGAACGAACCCGCGCGGGCGCUGGAGAUGUACGCGGCGGCGGCGCGGGUCACGCAGUGUACGGCGGUGACGCUGGGAGCCGCUCGAGCCGAGAUUGCGCUCGGCCGAUGCGACGGGGCGAUGCGAACGACGGGGGCGGUGAUCCGAGCUGAACCCGGGAACGUCCGCGCGUACGCCGCGCGGGGGCACGCGCUGUGCCUCAAGCUGGACUUUGACCAGGGCAUGAAGCACAUCCGCGAGGGUUUGCGUCUGGACCCCGAUCACGCGGAGUGCGCGGGUUUGUUCCGGAGGAUGAAACGAGCGGGCGCCGCGUUGGACCGGGGUCGAACCGCGUCUGGUAAGAGGGACUUUCAGGCGGCGUGCGAGGCGUUCACGGACGCCCUGGAGGCUGCGAAAGCGCCGACGCACUCGCCGUUCACCGCGAGCGUCCUCGCGCAGCGCGCCAACGCCCGACUUCGACUGAGGGAGUACGACUUCGCUUUGGCCGAUUGCGCGGCGGCGAUCGCGUCGCAGGAGGACCACAAGCCCGCGUACUUCACCCAGGCCACCGCGUUGCUGCACCUGGGUAAGCCCCAGGAGGCUGAGGAGUCGUUGGCGGUGCUCCUGAAGAUGGACCCCGGGGACGAGACUGUUCGACGGCACCACGAGAAGGCGGCGUUUGAGGUUAGAAAAUCCAAGCGACCGGAUUACUACGCCAUCUUGGGCAUCUCGCGCGUCGCGUCGGUGCCCGAGGUUAAGCAGGCGUACAAGGCGCGCUGCAUGGAGUGGCACCCGGACAGGCACGCCAACUCCAGCGACGAGGAGAGGGCGACCGCGGAGCGAAACUUUAAGCUCCUCGGCGAGGCUCUCGAGAUCAUGGAGGACCAGAUGAAGCGGCAGCUCUACGACGAGGGUUUCGAUAAGGAAGCCAUCGCGGAGCGCGUGGAGGCGGCGAGGCGCGCGGCGCACCGGGGAGGAUACGGAAACGGGCACGGGUGCGGCUCCGGCGGCGGGUGCGGCUCCGGCGGAUGUCACUGA